CGGAGUCAGUGUAAACCUACUACUCACAUGGUCACGAGGUUCAAAUAAAUUAAAGAGAAAUUUCCAGAAAUUUUGUUUUUUUAAGUAUUUUUUAAAUUAAUUUUGAAAUGGAAAAAUCUGUGGAUGAAGCGUCCGUCGAGCUGACAAAGAAUCCCGUCAUUGUUCCCGUGAUUUCGCCAAAGAAACCGAAUUUUCGGAAAGAUAUCAGAUCCAUUUUGUUGCUGUUGCUGCUCUACAUUUUGCAAGGAAUUCCGCUCGGGUUGAUAGUCACGAUUCCGUUCCUUCUGCAGAGUAAGAACGUCCCUUACACGGAUCAGGCCAGGUUUAGCUUGGCGUAUUGGCCAUUCGGACUCAAGGUGUUGUAUGCCCCUAUUGUGGAUGCAGUGUAUUGGCAAAGACUGGGUCGCCGUAAGAGUUGGAUUAUCCCCCUGCAAUACCUAAUUGCGCUAUUUUUCUUCGUAAUUGCCGCCAAAGUUGAUGACUUAUUCGAAGCGAAGGACGUGACCAGCCUCACGAUCAUGUUUUUCUGUCUCAACUUCCUCGCCGCGAGUCAGGACGUGGCCGUGGAUGGGUGGGCCUUGACAAUGAUGGCGCCUGAAAAUGUGGGGUACGCCUCCACCUGCAACGCCGUGGGACAAACGUUAGGCUUUGUGCUGGGAUUUUCUGGAUUUUUAGCACUGAAUUCUGCCUCUUUUGCGAAUAAAUUCCGAGACAUACCUGGAGAGGAUGGAUUAGUGACGCUGCCACAGUUCCUCGUCUUCUGGGCGAUCAUCUUCGCCGUAACUACCACACUCAUCCUCUUAUUCAAGAAAGAGAAGAAAGAAUCCCUCCAAGUCACCGAGGGUCACAUGGACAUUUUUGAAAGUUACCGAAAUUUAUGGAGAAUCCUAAAACUCCGCAACGUCCAAAUCCUGGCCCUCUUCUUACUCACAGUCCGCAUCGGAACUGGAGCGUCGGACGCCCUCGCACGGCUCAAACUGGUCGAAAAAGGAAUCCCGAAAGAGACUUUGGCCCUCUUUUCAAUUUUCCUAAUCCCGCUAAAACUCGCGCUCCCCAUCCUCACCGCGAAAUGGACGGUAGGCCCGAAUCCCAUGAAGGUUUACAUCAACACGAUCCCAUUCUCCAUUCUGUUCGGUCUCAUUUGGCCCCUCCUCGUUUACUGGGCGGGUUGGUUGGGCGGGCCCGGGACGGAGUAUCCAUUUUGGUUUUACGCCAUUCUUUUUACCGCCACGGUGGCCGAGUUGGUCCCGGGAUAUACCAGAUUCGUGACGGGGAUGGGAUUCUCGGCGAAAAUAUCGGAUCCUGAAAUUGGCGGGACUUAUAUGACGCUGAUCAAUACGAUUACGAACGUGGGAGGAAUGUGGCCGGCGACCGUGGCGUUGGCGUUGGUGGAUUACGUCGGGAUUGGCAAGUGUCGCGAUGUUCGUAACGAUGUGCUGAUGGGGAUGGCGAACGUGACGGAAGUAGGGGCCGCUGGUAUUUUAGAUGAUGGGGGUGAAGUGAGAAAUGCUACGAUGGGUGGGGCAGGCGGGAAGGGAAAGGCGGGGAAAUGUAGUCUUGUAGAUGGUUAUUACGUCGAAAGUGUGGUCUGUUCGGUCCUUGGCCUUUUAUGGUUGUUCGUUUGGGGGAGGAGGACGAUUAUGAAGCUGCAGAGGAAACCCAUCUCGACUUGGAGGGUUAUUCAGCCCGAGUAGAAAUAAAUAAGGAUGAAGCUCUUUAUUGUUCAAAACUAAAAUUUUUACUGUUCAUUCGAAAUCAAGAUGUAUAAAAAAUAGAAGAAAAAAUAUGAAAGGUUAUUUGGCGGAUGAUUGGUUUCCAUCACUAAUAAAUUUAGUAAUAUGUUGAGAAAAAAUACAUAUGCUAAUCCUAAGCUAAAGCGUUGUAAACGGUAAGAUAGGUCAUUACCCUUUUGAAAAAAUUCUGAGGGUUUUACUACAUAUUAAUUUUUAAUGAACAGUACUAUAACAGUUGACAGAAGUACUAAUAUAUAUUUGCAUAAAGUUCAUUAGCACUUAUUUACAUGCGAAUAAACUAAACUUAUAAUACCAUUGUUAAUUAA